UGUUAUUUCAGACAGUAAUCAUGAUAGUCAAGUUCCUGAAACUGAUAGAGCUGAUAGCUCUGAAGAUUCUUCUAGUAAUGAAAUUGGUAGACCCGAAGAUCCUGUAAAUGCUGAGUAUAUUAAACUUAGUACAUGA